UUUCUAUCUAAAUGUUUCUCUCUAACAGCAGCCAAAUCAGACCCUUCUAGCACCCAGUGACUUCCAACUCAGUGAACAAUCAUGAUUAAAAGGUCCUGAUUCUUAUGCUCUUUGGUGAUCCUAUUCUCUUCUUUUUAAACCUCUUUCCCUUGCAUGUCUAAAUCUAUCUCCACAUAGCCCUUGACACAACCAAGGUAAUCUGAAGAUCAAAAUGAGGUUACUAGGUUGGAUGCACAAUAAACUACGGCACACUAGCAUUGAGCCGUUCAAGGAUUUUACGAUAGGGAACUAUUGUGCUUGCCUUUCAGCAAAGUCACCCCUUAAUGACAAAGUAUCCUAUAUAAGACCAAGGUUUGCCUCCAGACAUGAGGCAUGUGAUGAUACUUUAUCUGAAGUUGAAGCCAAGAGUGCAGAAGGUAAUUAUGAAGAUGAAACAUCUGAUGCCAUGCCUGAGCUUUUUCAUGGUUUUCUUGCAAUUGGAACUCUCGGUUCAAAACAAGUCAACAGUGAGCCAGCAACACCAACAUUUCCCAUGUCUCUGGAGGACAUAGGAGAUGAAAAAGUAGAGGUGAUAGUGAAUGACUUGAAGCUCAUCAACGAUGAAUUAGAAAAGUUUCUUGAUGCUGAAGCUGAAGAAGGUUGCAAUGGAUCAUUGGCAAGGAGCAGCUAUGUAAGCACUAUUACACUCAGCGGCAUGCAAAUGGAGGGAGCCAAUGCAGAUAAUUAUGGAAGCACUGCUAUAUGUCCACUUCAAGGAUAUCUAUUUGGGUCAUCAAUAGAAGUGCCAGAAACACCAGUCGAGUUAAAAAAGGAAAAGACAUCACUAGGGGAGAUGUUUCGCAGGACAAAGAUUGCAGAUGAAAGUUCCACAGGAACUGAAGGGAAAGGAGAGAUGCAUGCCAAGCAAGCACAUAAAUCGGCUAAACACCUCAUCAGAAAGAUACUCGGAAAGUUUCAUACUUCAAGAAAUCCAGCUCCUUCCACUAAUGAAGCUGCCAAUUCUGUUUCAACCAAGAAAAAGCUUAAUAAGGUACUGAGAAUGUUACAUAGAAAAGUCCAUCCAGAAAACCCUCUAACUGAAAAGGAGUUCACAAAGUUCCAUGAAGAGAACAUUAACAAGACACUGCAUAAAAAUGCAGAACUGGUGCACUUGGAUGAAGACAACAGAAAAAUUCUUCCAGGACGCAAGUCAAUGGAAGGGAAACAAUGUGACAAGAACAACUUGAAAUUAUUCCAGUAUGGUCUAAGUGGAAGUAAAUCGAGUGGAAAUGGGGAAUACUGGAUCAAAACAGAUGCAGACUACGUGGUGCUGGAGCUGUAGUGAGGGAGCAAAAACACAUCAAGUGGUGUCUGACUCUGAUGGAUAUCAUCUAGUUUCGUAUGUAUUGGAUAUGAUUUAGUAGUGAUGACUCAAGGAGAUGGAAAGAGAAUGAGGCAUCAUACUAUAUCCUUGGGUAAUAAUAAAAGUGUGGUUGCUCAGUGUCAUGUAAUAUUCCUAAUUUAUUAAAUAUGAGUCGAACUAUUUCCAAGUGUCAUUUGACUUCUAAGGAUGCUUUGUCUAUCCGAACAUGUAAAUAAUCAAUAUCAAUAUUA